AGAAAUCAAUAAGAUAACGCGCACAGUUACAUUGACUUUAGAAAGAAGCCACCACCACGUUGCGUCCGAACCAAGACGCACACUGGACGGUGUUUUCACCUAACCUAACGGUGGGUCCCAUUUCAUUCCCGAACCGAAUUAGGUUCGGAGUUCGCUUUCCCCUUCUAUAAAUUCACGUUUGCGAUUUCGUUCAACGCGUAACUCUCUCGCUAAAGAAAAUUUCUCAGACAAAGGAACAAGAUCAAGAUGGCAUUAGUUUCUGGAGGAAGAUCAACCCUAAACCCCAAUGCACCUCUUUACAUUCCGGCUGCUUUUCGUCAAGUGGAGGAUUUUUCUCCGGAAUGGUGGCAGCUGGUGACAACACUGACAUGGUACCAUGACUACUGGCUUAACCAGCAGCAUGAUGAUGAAGGAUUCUACGCCGAUGAAGAUGAAUUUGAUGGAAAUGAUGUGGUUGAUUUGCUUCCUGAUGCAUUUGAUCUUGAUGUGGAUGAUGAUGAUCUUUCUAUUGAAGCUCAGCUUGAAGAGUUUAUCAAGUCUUCUGAAGCUCAAGAAGAAGCUUAUGCAAAGAAAUUUACUGGAUGAGGCGAAGAUGGAGGUUUCAACAUUUCUAGUACCAAAAAGGCUGAAUGCGUUUGGCUUUCGGUCAUUUAGAUAAUGUACCAUGUCAGUUUUAACUUUCUGUAACUUUUGUAUAGGCAAAGUUUCGAUGUUCCUUCUUUAGUUACCCAAAUCUAUGGUAAAAUAGAGAGAAGGAAAAGAGAGAAAAAAAUGUAAAAAAUAUUUCAAGUAUUGUUGUAAGUGCUGCAAUUGCAAUUAGUAAUAUGACAAAAUGAAAAGAAAAAAAAAAUUCUAAAAUGAAAUCUGGAUUUGUUAUUCA